AUUUUACUAACCGAGCUGACAGGACCUGAUUGAUGGUUUCUAUCUCUGUGAGAGCUGCAGCGUCUUUGUUUGGAGAGGGUGUGGCUUGGACCCUUUACUAGGUGGUGCUGGAAAAACCCAAAAUGUUUAGCCACUUAAUAACAGGGGAAUACGAUGUUAUUCUUCCUCGAUGAGCUGUAUUCAAAUGGAAAUAUAAAGAGACGAGAGAGGCUGCGCCCCGCCCUUUUCUGUUGGGGGGGAAAGAGUGGCCGGUUUCUCUCGCCCUCUCCGCCCAUAUAGACACACAGUUUGACACCCACUGACCCCAGUCAUCCGACAGACUCGGUGGAUGCUUGAGUUCACUCGCUUCACGGAGAAAGCACAAAGUUCCUCUUCUUCGCAGCAGGACUCGAAGCAAAAUCUUUAUCCGCCCUUUUUUUCGCUUCCGGUUUGCCAUGCGCUCUUACGCACUACCGUCGCGAGACAGCGUUGCCAUGGUUAUAAAUAACAUAUAUUGGAUAUAGACGAUCCCAACUUCCUCGACAGUCCUAGUGUCCGCCCACUGUCAAACAGAGAUCCGCCUGAGUCUCCGGACGCAACAGAGAACACCUGCAUCCCGGAAAGCGCGCCGUCCAUGUGUUGCGCACUCCACCCUUCUUGGACAAAAAAAACAAAACAACAACCACAAGCUGCAUUGAUAAAAUAAAUCACAGUAGAUUUAAAGCUUUGCUACUGUUUAUUUUAGUGAAACUAUGCAGGAUAAAGGCACAUUUGUCAGCCCUUUCUCCAGACCACGGUGUCUGGCGGCAGCGGCGCCGGCUGGGAAAGCGAAAUUAACUCACCCUGGAAAGGCGAUUUUGGCAGGUGGAAUUGCAGGCGGCAUCGAGAUCUGCAUCACGUUUCCCACAGAGUACGUCAAGACCCAGCUACAGCUCGAUGAGAAGGCCAAUCCACCAAAAUACAGAGGAAUAGGUGACUGUGUGAAGCAGACGAUGCAGAGUCACGGAGUCAAAGGGCUGUACAGAGGCCUCAGCUCACUGCUGUAUGGAUCCAUACCCAAAUCUGCAGUCAGGUUCGGCAUGUUUGAGUUCCUCAGUAACCGUGCCAAGGAUGAGUCUGGUCGUCUGGACAGCACCAGAGGGCUGCUGUGUGGGCUCGGAGCUGGGGUCAUGGAGGCUGUGUUGGUGGUCUGUCCCAUGGAAACUGUCAAGGUAAAAUUCAUUCAUGACCAGACAUCAGCCAACCCGAAAUACAAGGGCUUCUUCCACGGAGUCAGAGAGAUCGUCAGGGAGAAAGGAUUGAGGGGGACGUAUCAAGGUCUGACCGCGACGGUCCUCAAACAAGGCUCCAAUCAGGCUAUUCGCUUCUUUGUUAUGACCUCUCUCAAGAACUGGUACAAAGGUGAUAACCCCAACAAAGCUAUUAAUCCCUUGGUGACGGGAGCCUUCGGAGCCAUAGCGGGAGCAGCCAGUGUUUUUGGAAACACUCCACUAGAUGUCAUCAAGACGAGAAUGCAGGGUCUGGAAGCUCAUAAAUAUAAAAGCACGCUGGACUGUGCUGUGAAGAUCCUGAGAUAUGAAGGCUUGGCAGCUUUCUAUAAAGGGACAGUUCCUCGACUGGGCCGUGUCUGUCUGGACGUGGCCAUAGUUUUCAUCAUCUAUGAGGAGGUGGUGAAGGUCCUGAAUGUAGUCUGGAAAACAGACUGACCUGCUGGACGUACGGGGCAAAGAAGGUGGCUUCCAACACAGAUCUGAGUUCUGCAGACCUCUCCUCUGUGUCAUACAACCAGUUGCAGAGGGUGUUUGUGUGACAGAGAGCUGAACUUAGAUCUAGUCACUAGAUCUAAGUUCCUGGUCAGCACAUGACACUAGAUUCUAGUGUCAUGUGCUGACCAGGAAGUCAAAAAAGCUCACAAAGGAAAGAAAGAAAGAAAGAGAAGGCCUGAAAAGAAGCUGAGCUCCAGCUGCUUCUGCACAGCUGUGAUGUAAGCGAAGCUCUGAUGGUCAGCAUCGAGACUCCUAACAAGAUCAGGGGUUUGAGGGUUUUUUACAAAGUAGGACAACUGUGUUGACCAGAUAACUGUGGACAAAAUAUGCUUCAUCCUAGUGAUGCGUCACUAGUUUCUAAAUGUGAAAGAAAACACGUACACUACAGCCGCGGCUUAUCCGAGGUAUCUUGUUCACUUUCUUCUACUUUGGAAAACACCCUCCUUCAGUGAUUAUUUGCAGUCACCCACAGCUGUUUUACUGAUGUUUACUGCAAGUAAACAGGUGUCCUUCUGUUUUUUCCUGCGUUGCUCUCUGUCUCUUCUUGUGCCUAAAAUGGUCAUAAGUCCAGAGGAGCCAGACUGCAGCUGGUCACAGUUUACAGUCACAUAAACUGUAGCACCUUCCAUAGCCAGGCCUUUAAUAGAAUGAUUUUACCUUUAGAAUAUAUUCCAGUUAUUUUUUUAUAAAGCAUAGAUAAUAUUUUAGUUUUUUUGCCAGCAUUAUAUUGCUAGAUGAUAUGCUAUAUUUCCUGUGCCAAAUGCCACAUCUAUUACACUAUGAUCUUAACAAGAGAAGAGCAGAUUUUAUGAUUCCUACUGUGAUUUAACUUAAUAACGUAUUUAUUGAAAGUGGAAUGUUAAAUAGGUAAUUGAGACUAUUUGCUGUUAAUCCGUGUCACUUGUGUCAUUUUUUUUUUCUUUCAAAGGUCUUUUUUGGAGAUGUUAUGAACUUAUGUAAUUGCUGUUUUUCACUGUGAGUCUAAAUGACACGGAGUCGUUUAGUCGAAGUAACCUCAGACCUCUUCUUCCGUCUCAGUGAAGGCACCGCUGUUCAUCAGGUCAUAUCCUAACACCACCCUACUCUCUUCAGAAGCAGUUUAGUUUUAUCCUUUAUGCACCCCUUUUUAUUACACUAAUGUUUCAAAUGGUUCACGGAGUAAAUCUGAGGUGUCACGAGAUACUUAAUUGGAGAUGAAGAAAGAAAAAAACACAAUCACGUUGCACAUUUAAGUUAAUUUUUCACUAUAUCACUCUUGGGUGGGAUAUCAUUUUUAAGUAUUUCACCUGUGGGGAGGUAUUGCAGUCUUGUGCAUUGCUUCAUUUGCUCAAAUAGGGUUGGGAAUCAAAAUGGGUUCAGAUGAGUUUUCCACUGUUGUUCUGUUUCUGUGCCAUGUUUCAUUCAGGGUUUUACUUCUCACUCACGUGCCUUCUACUCUUGUGUGCUUAAAUACUUAUUGACGAGUAUCUUCAUCCAUCAUCGCACAUUUUAACCUCCUAAUAAUGUUGUUUUUAAGAGAAAUGCUAGCCCCCCCUUUGAAAAUAAUCUCUAAGUAUUAAAGUAAUGAAUGUAUUACAGUGAUGAUGGAUUUUGAUUCUAUGUUUAUGAAAUAAUGUUCUAUUUUUCUGUUCGACCAGUCAAGUCUCUUGUUGUGCUCUCUACUGCCAAAUACCCAAGAGAACGUUUUAUCGUCAUUGUAAAUCAGUGUACGUGUGGGUGUAUGUGCGUAGGCUAUGUGGGUUAUUACGAAGCUUGUGCAAUAAGUGCUGUCCCCUCCUUUUGUGUGUGCUUAAUGUAAAGUCCUUUGUUGUGGAGGGUGGGGGGUUCAAAACUCAUUAAAAGAGCCAUCUAAAAGCUG